AUGAGCGACUUCGACGACGAAGACUUCUCUCUGGGCGAGGACGACUCGGAGGACGACUUCGCGCCGGAAGACGCCGAGGCUGAAGAAGAAGAAGAAGAAGAAGAGGGUGAAGAGGACGACUUUGCCGAGGAGUCCGACGCGUCGGACCUGGAGGAGCUGGCGCCCAAGCCCAAGAAGGCGCGCGUGUCGCCCAAGAAGCCUGCGCCCAAGCGCACGCCGUCUCCUGCCAAGAGCUCCAAGCCCAGCGCAGCCCCAGCCAAGAAGGCGGCAACGCCCAAGACUGCAGCUGCUAUUAAAUCCACUAAGGCCAAGGCCCCAGCUGCUGCCAAUGCCUCGAAGAAGUCCCCGGCGGCUCCCAAGCCCAAGCCCAUGAAGGCCGACGAGGCGGAGGCGGCCGUGCUCGACUAUAUGCGCAAGACUGAUUUUGGGAUGUAUUGCAGGGAGGAGCUGGUGGGCAAGACGUACGGCAAGGCCAAGAUCUACUACAUGAACCAGAACAACCUGCCGGUGCCGUCGGAAGAGGAGCGUCUCGCUCUGGAGGAGCAGAUUAAGGCGGUGACUGCGGACUGCGCUGCCUCCGAGCAGGAGCUGAAGAGCGCCGAGGCAACACUUGCCGGUAUCACGUCGCAGAUUUCAGAUGCGGACUUGGAUGCGGCGUUGAAGCAGCUCGAUGAGGAAGCAGGGGAGCUGGAGAAGAAAGUGGAGACGCUGGACCAGCCAGGCCGAGCACCUGUGUCGCCUGGUAGGAAGGACGCGUUGAAGCGCAAGUUCACCAAGUAUCGGACGGCAUGGGUGGCACGCAAGCGCAUUGCGAUGGACGGAGUAAACCAAAUCGCGGACGGAAUGGAGAAGAAGCCCAAGGCCGUGAUUGACCUGGUCGGCGUCGAGACGGACGAGGAGGCAGGGAUUAAGCAGCUGCCGACUAUAUGA